UCUUAACUAAAAUCCAGUGGCAAGAAAACGAAAGAAAGGGUGAAAAUAUAACCAUAUACAUACUAAAGGAAAAGGUACUAUGAAAGCAAAAGCAAGCAAGGGAAAACUGUGCAAUCUCUCCCUCUCUUUUAUUACAAAAGCAAACACAUACUCCCAAGAUCUCUAUAGCUCAAAAACCAUAUUUGCCAGAGGCCCAGAACAAGCAGAAAGUGAAGCCUCAAAGAGAAAAAGGAAGAAGAAGAAGAUGAUGAGAGGAAGAAGAGGAGGAAAAGGGGCUACUCCCACAGACCUCUUGGUAUGUUUUUCUUCCAGAGCCCAUCUAACCCUUAUGCCCAAGCCCAUCUGCAGCCCAGCUCGUCCCUCUGAGUCUACCAAGCGCCACCACCACCACCACCAAAGCCACCAUCUCUCAAGAUUGAGCAACAGAGGAGGCCAAGCUAGCCCUCAGGCAUGGGCCAAAACAAAGCCUACAGGCUCAGAGAUCUCCGAACCUACUUCCCCCAAGGUCACCUGUGCCGGCCAAAUCAAAGUCAAGCAGAAGCCCAGUUCCGGCAAGAACUGGAAAUCAGUCAUGGAAGACAUCGAGAGACUCCACAACCAAAGAAAGCAAAAAAAGAGACAAUCUUGGGUUGAAACUCUUGGAUUCAAGAAAGAUACAAUGCAGUUCUUGACUUGUUUAAGAACCCUUCGAUUCAAUUUAAGGUGCUUAGGCUCUUUCUGUGGAUCCGAUAUCACUUCCGAUGAUGAGCUAGAAGAAGAAUACGACGAAGAAGUGGGGUUUGAGGAUAGUACUGGUAGUGGUACCUCAAGAACUGUCUUCUCUAAGUGGUUCAUGGUAUUACAGGAAAAUCAGAGUAAUGGGUUAAGUAAAGAAGAGACAUUUGUGGAAAAAAGAGAUGAUAGAGAUGGGUCUUGUCAUCAAGGUUCGGUGGUGGUUCCUCCUUCUGCUCCUCCUCCGAAUGCUCUGUUACUCAUGCGUUGUAGGUCUGCCCCGGCAAAACAAUGGAUUGAAAGGAAAGAAAAAGAAGAAGAAGAAGCAAAGAAGACAGAGGAAGAAGAGGAAAAGAAAGAGAGGUUGGUGUUGAUGAGCUAUGACCCUGACUUCUUCAAGGUCUCUCCUGAUAUUGCUAAAGAGACUUGGGUUGUAGGUGGAACUACAGAUCUACUAUCGAGAAGUCGAAGCUGGAAGAGAUGAGGAUGCUUAAUGGUAUAUUGCUCUUUUUGUUUUAAUUUUAAUUUCUUGAAUAAUGUUAUUUAUUUUUUCUUUUCUUUUUUUAUUGUUUUUCAUAACCCCACCCUUUUGUUUUGGGGAUGUAAAAUGCAUUAGCAAUUUUGUACCCAAAAAAAA